AUGGACUGCUGCGAGGGCGCUCUCGACCUUGUUGAGCGGUGCUACCGGUCCAGGUGGGCGCCCGCCCCCGUUUUGCCCACCAUGGUCGUGUUGGCGUCGGUGGCGUAUGGGUUGCUGGUGGUUGCCCACUCGCAGCUGGCCGCCGCCCUCCCGCUCAUCCCUUUUUGGGAAGGUGCAAGUGGUGAAGCGAAGCUGGCCGAAGCGAUAGCUCGCCUUGCCUACCUAGGGGAAAGCUUCGGCCUAAUACGUCUUGUGAUGCCUAUCAGCUCGGGCUACAUUACGCAGUGCAUUAAGGCAGGCAUCUGGGAAAUGGGAGUCUUCAAUAUAUCGGCCAAGGGCAUCAGGUAG